GGCUCUCAAACUCAGUAGCUGGGGAGCUCUGGAGUCACCGCCACUCCUAAUCACACCAAAAUCCUUCUCAUCAAAAUCCUCAUCAUCCAGCUGUUUGAAUUUCCGAACACCUCGGCCUUCCAGUGUUAAAUGUGAUUACUCCUGCUUUGAAGUUAGGGAUGUUAGCUAUCGACCACCAGGGACCGAGAUGAGCCUUCUAAAGUCUGUUAAUUUUACACUUCCUGAAAAAAGUUUUGGUUUAAUAUUUGGCCGGAGUGGAAGUGGUAAAACUACUUUGUUGCAGCUUCUUGCAGGGCUGAGUAAACCAACUUCAGGUUCCAUUCAUAUUCAAAGAUAUGGGAAUGAUGGCAAUCCAAAUCAAUCUCCUGAACUGUUAACCCCAGAGAGAGUUGGCAUUGUCUUUCAGUUUCCUGAAAGGUACUUCAUGGCAGAUAACGUGCUGGAGGAAGUUACAUUUGGGUGGCCAAGGCAAAGGGGUGACCUCCAAUUCAAGGAGCAUCUUGCUUUGAGACUCCAAAGAGCAAUUAAUUGGGUUGGUUUAAAUGGGAUAUCCUUGGAUAAAGAUCCUCAUACUCUUAGUGGUGGUUAUAAACGCCGGCUUGCCUUGGCAAUUCAACUCGUACAAAUCCCAGAUUUAUUGAUACUGGAUGAGCCCCUUGCUGGUCUUGAUUGGAAGGCACGGGCGGAUGUUGUGAAGCUUUUGAAGCAUCUAAAGAAAGAAUUAACUAUACUAGCUGUCAGCCAUGACCUCAAAGAGUUAGCAACUCUAGUUGAUCGAUCCUGGAGCAUGAAAAUGGGUGGAAUUCUUAAGGAAGAGCCACUACCACUUUAAGUUUGGAAAUAUGCUUUUGCCUUCAUCAACUUGUGAUGUUGUGAGAAGAUUCACCCAGACAGGACUGCCUGCAAUGAAAUCUCAGCAUACCCCACAAACAUCUUUUGAUGUUAAGAGUGAGCUGAGGAGGAGAAAGCAGUGGUAGGCUUGGAGGCAAAAGCCACAGCCAUCUUUAAUCCUAGAGACCCUUAUCUACAAUUUUGUUAUGAGAAAUGCUAGGGACACAACAUUUUCAUAACAAAUCCUAAAUGAAGACCAACAACAGAUUUGUUGUGAAAUUGUGAAAAUGUAGUGGAUGUUGCACUUCUCUUUUAUUACUAUGAAAUACCAUUAUUGUAGCACUGCAGAGAAAGCAUGGAGGCUUGGGCAAAAUGUGUAGUUGUGUAUAAUUUCAUCCACUUUGUAACCCUGUAUUUUAUCUUCUAAUCUAUGGAACCCCAAUGGAAAUUUUUCUUU